AACAACAUGGACGAAGUGCCGCGAAGAGACUCGCGCGGAGACCCCGACAGGGAGUGGUUUCAGAAGGAGAAAAAGCGUAUUGAGGAUGAAAUUCGAGAGGGGAUGCAAGAAGCCGUAUCGAAUGUGCACAUUUUGAACCAGAAUAUGGAACACCUCAACGAUGUUGGCCAAGAGGUUGUCGCUAUUUCAUCUGUGUGGGUAGAGUUCCUGCGUCAGAUGACGGCAUCCAGCGAGAAAGCGCGUUAAGAACAUGGAACGUGAACUACAGCGACGUCGGCAUAUUUAUUUGCUUUAGCCAACCCAUAAGAAUGUGCGCCAGGCGAAUGUAUCAUGUACUAGUGUGAUUGCACAGGAGUCUGCUGCUGUUGCUCUUGUUGUAACUUCGCUUUUCCUCGCAGUGCUGCAAGGACUUUCUCCUCAAACGCCAAGUGUUCUUUGAGUGAAAUAGGCCCUCCAGGCAGCGUCACCACGCUGCGCUUUGAUGAGGCUGUUGUCGUCGUCUUGUCUUCCGUGGACGUGAACCCGUCCGUCUCUACGAUAUGGCCCUGGAUCGAGACUUCCCGCCAGCAGUCCUUGUGUCCCUCAAUACGUACAGCAUUUGCAGCAGCCGAAGCUUCAGUGAAAACCACCUUUGCAGAUGAUGUUUUCAUUCUGAUAGUCUCGAUCUCGCCGUAUGAUCGUAACACUCGACUGAGCGUGUCAUCAGAGUGCGAAUAUUGCUUUUUAUCCCACUUGAACGUGACAGUGCGUUGUGAUUUCGGGGCACCGUGAGAUUCCUGGUACUUCUUCAACUCAGCUCGCCGCUUCGCCUCCCGAGCAAGCCGAUCCUGGAGCUCUUGCUGACGAGCUAAUGCUUUCUCCCGGAGCUUCGAAAGCUCCGCCUUCUGCUGCUUCGCGCUGGGUUUCCUGUUGAGCUCGAAGUUCUGUUCUUUCCGCAGCAGCUCUGCAUUACUCAGCCACCAUUAUGCAAGUUAGAUAGCGUGAACACUUUAAGAAAGCCAUGUUUCGGAU